CCGUCACGGGCACGGCCGGCCCCCGCGCCCAGGCGGCUGCUCCCUGCUGACUGGGGUGUGGGCGGGGAGCGGCGGAGGGAGGAGGAGGCAGUGCUGGCCGCCGCCGUUGCCUCCGCUGCUGGGCGCCGGGACAGCUCCCCAGGUUCCUGCAGCCGCCAUGGACGAGCAGGCGGGUCCUGGCGUCUUCUUCAGCAACAACCACCCAGGCGCCGGCGGUGCCAAGGCGCUCGGGCCUCUGGCAGAGGCCGCCGCGGUCGGCGACGGGGCGGCUGCGACGGGGGCGGCCCGAGCCCAGUACAGCCUCCCGGGGAUCCUGCACUUCCUGCAGCACGAGUGGGCCCGCUUCGAGGUGGAGAGAGCCCAGUGGGAGGUGGAGCGGGCGGAGCUGCAGGCACAGAUUGCCUUCCUUCAAGGGGAAAGAAAAGGUCAAGAAAAUUUGAAGAAGGAUCUUGUGAGGAGGAUCAAAAUGUUGGAAUAUGCUCUUAAACAGGAAAGAGCCAAAUACCACAAGUUGAAAUAUGGGACAGAAUUGAAUCAGGGAGAUAUGAAGCCUCCAAGCUAUGAUUCCGAUGAAGGUAAUGAAACCGAGGUGCAACCACCACAAAACAGCCAGUUAAUGUGGAAACAAGGCCGACAACUACUCAGACAGUAUCUACAGGAGGUGGGUUACACAGAUACUAUUCUAGAUGUGAAAUCUAAACGAGUGCGAGCUUUGUUGGGCUUUUCAAGUGAUGCCACUGACAGGGAAGAUGACAAAAAUCAGGACUCAGUUAUAAAUGGCACAGAAGCUGAAGUUAAAGAGACGGCAAUGAUUGGAAAAUCCGAGUUAACAGAUUCUGCCUCCGUGCUGGAUAAUUUCAAAUUCCUUGAAAGUGCAGCUGCAGAUUUCAGUGAUGAUGAUGAAGACGAUGAUGUUGAUGGACGAGAGAAAAGCAUCAUUGAUACUUCCACAAUUGUUAGGAAAAAAGUGUUGCCUGAUAGCAGUGAAGAUCGAGAUACGAAAGAAGCUCUAAAGGAGUUUGACUUCUUGGGUACAUCAGAGGAAGGAGACAAUGAAUCUAGAAGCGCAGGCGAUGGAACAGAUUGGGAGAAGGAAGACCAGUGUCUCAUGCCUGAAGCCUGGAAUGUGGACCAGGGAGUAAUUACCAAACUCAAGGAACAAUACAAAAAGGAGAGAAAAGGGAAAAAGGGGGUCAAGAGACCCAAUAGGUCAAAACUACAAGAUAUGCUUGCUAAUUUGAGAGAUGUUGAUGAACUUCCUUCAUUGCAGCCAUCUGUGGGUUCACCUUCCAGACCCACCAGCUCAAGGCUUCCUGAACAUGAAAUUAAUAGGGCAGAUGAAGUGGAAGCAUUGACAUUUCCUCCUUCUUCUGGAAAGUCAUUUAUCAUGGGAGCAGAUGAAGCCCUUGAAAGUGAACUGGGACUUGGGGAAUUAGCAGGCCUUACAGUGGCCAAUGAAGCAGAUUCGCUAACUUAUGAUAUAGCAAACAAUAAAGAUGCAUUGAGGAAGACAUGGAACCCUAAGUUUACAUUAAGAAGUCACUUUGAUGGCAUCCGAGCCCUUGCUUUUCAUCCUAUUGAGCCUGUUUUGAUUACAGCAUCAGAGGACCACACAUUAAAAAUGUGGAAUUUGCAGAAAACAGCCCCAGCCAAAAAGAGUGCAUCUCUUGACAUAGAGCCUAUCUAUACAUUCAGAGCCCAUAAAGGUCCAGUGCUUUGUGUGGUAAUGAGUAGCAAUGGUGAGAAGUGUUAUAGUGGUGGUACUGAUGGACUGAUCCAGGGCUGGAAUACCACUAAUCCUAACAUCGAUCCCUAUGACUCUUAUGAUCCUUCCGUGUUAAGAGGCCCUCUGCUCGGCCACACAGAUGCAGUCUGGGGUUUGGCUUACAGUGCAGCACAUCAUCGUUUGUUGUCCUGUUCAGCAGAUGGCACUCUGCGUUUAUGGAAUACAACAGAGGUCGCUCCGGCUCUGAGUGUAUUUAAUGAUAAUCAAGAAUUGGGAAUCCCUGCCUCUGUGGAUCUAGUAAGCAGUGACCCAAGCCAUAUGGUAGCAUCAUUCAGCAAAGGAUAUACAAGCAUCUUUAACAUGGAAACCCAACAACGCAUCCUCACUUUAGAAUCAAAUCUAGAUACAUCACCCAGCUCUUCCUGCCAGAUAAAUAGAGUCAUUAGUCAUCCCACCCUUCCUAUCAGCAUCACUGCUCAUGAAGACAGGCAUAUCAAAUUCUAUGAUAACAAUACAGGCAAACUGAUCCACUCGAUGGUAGCCCACCUAGAAGCUGUUACAAGUUUAGCAGUUGACCCUAAUGGUCUCUACUUGAUGUCUGGCAGUCAUGACUGUUCAAUACGUUUAUGGAACCUAGAAAGUAAGACAUGUAUCCAGGAAUUCACAGCUCAUCGGAAAAAGUUUGAAGAAUCAAUUCACGAUGUAGCAUUCCACCCCUCCAAAUGCUAUAUAGCCAGUGCUGGAGCUGACGCACUGGCUAAAGUCUUUGUAUGACACAGUGCAUCUUUACCUUCUAGCUCUUUAUAAAUAAUCAACUGCACAAAAGAGAUACAGAAGACGAGGGCAAGAAUCAACUCGUCCUGCCCUUUUGUUCUGCUGAAGGAGCACAGAGAACAUUUGUUAAAGUAUAGUUUUGCAAUUCAUAAUACUGUUUUCUAAAACUAAAAUUUGUUCAGGUUGCUGCAAGCUCGGCUGUAUCUAUGAGCCUGAAAACCAUUUUAAAUUUUUUCCCAAAUACAUGCUUUUAUUUCUGAGGUUGUUCUAAUUCGCUAGGCAGGCCUGAGCGAAUAUAGGUUUAGCUUGUCCUUUUUGAGCAAGUAGGGCAUGCUACAAGAUAAUUAAAAAGCUCAAUAGCUGGGAAUGAGUAGGGGAAGAGUGGAAACUUAACCUAGUUCUCCUUUAAGAAAUCUUGUUAAACACAUUAGGUAGUCAAAACAGUAAUCUUUAUCAGAGCUGCCACACUAACAACCCCUUUGUGUAUAAUGACUGGCAAUGUUAAAAUGAGUUUUUGAUCUAGCUCUCUUUUCAGCUGUUCACAUAAAGCACCUGACAAAGCAUUUUACCUAUUAGGGGAAAAAAUGCAAUAAUAUGUUAAAUAUAUAAUUAUUAAGAAGUGCAAAACAAAUAUAUAGUUUGCAAGCAGAUUUCUAUAUUGUAUUACACUGUUGAAAAUAGAUUUGGUACCAUUCUAAAGUUUAGCUGUCAAGCACUCACCAUUAUGAAGAACAGUUGAUAGAGUCUGCUUUUACUAAAGGAUUUAACUUAUUCAGGUUUGAAAUUCUGUUUAUUUUUAAGGAUAAACAGGGCAUAUCUCUAUAAUAAUUUCUGUUUUGAAAUUUACUUUAUUCCUGUGAUAUUUAUAGUACCAGAGUGACUAUUUCAUAUUGAUGAAAUCUUACCUUUUGGUGACUGAGAAGAUGGAAGUUACUUGUUAGUACUCAUUUAUUAACACCCACAUAACCAUGCUUCAGAUAAUCUCUGCCUUUUCUUUUUUUCUCUCACUUGUUAUCUGACACCUACCAAAAAUAGUUCAUAAUUAUUGUUUUAGCAGGCCAAAGAGUAUGGUUAACCUCAGGCAGCUGCUUUUGCAGAAGUACUAAUUAAAGCAUAUAUUUUGUACCCCCGAAGGCCCCCAUCUAUAUAUAAGAACAACCUCCCAGAAACCUGGAUAGAAGAGUUAAGUGGCUGAUUGUUGGCUAAAAAGUUGUUUCUCUUUCCCUUAUCCCUCCCCCACUGUUUAAUUGGAUACACCUGUCUUAAUGGACAGUGAAUCUGUAUUGUUUCUGUGGAAAACCAUAUCUUAAAAGGCUGGGCUUCCCCAAGCCCACCUUACCUGUGAUCUACAUGUGGUCAACUUUGGGGAUUCCCAGACCCCACUGUCUAGACCUAGUCCCUGUUGUACAGACCUAUCCCUAUAGCUGUCGCUCCUCUCUUAUACUAUUUCCUGUUUGCUCCAAAUGACAGAGACCAGUCUAGAAAUUAUAAAUAAAUUAUUAAUGUGUACCUUUUCACCAAAAUGUAUAUACACAAUAGGCUCUCAAAUUUUUAAAAAGCUUAUAUCAAUAAAUAUUUAGGCCUAUGAAAAUAAUUCUUACAUUCCUGUUCCCACAUAUUCCAUUAUCACAGCAGUGAGACUUCUGAUGAUAUGUAUGUCUGCUCCUUAAAAAAGUAUUCUAGUGGUGGUGUGGAUAAUAAUUGAAAUAUUUUUCUUUAAAAUUUCUGUUUUGCCUCUAGAAUUCUGCAAUGUACGGGCAAAUUUUCUUUAAAGAUAAAAAUCCAAGCUAAAUUUGUCUGCUUGUUAUAAGAUAUGCUGUAGUGGGCGGCGCCUGUGGCUCAGUCGGUAGGGUGGCGGCCCCAAACCCGCCCUGGCCAAACUGCAACCAAAAAAUAGCCGGGUGUUGUGGCGGGUGCCUGUAGUCCCAGCUACUCAGGAGGCUGAGGCAAGAGAAUCGCUUAAGCCCAGGAGUUGGAGGUUGCUGUGAGCUGUGUGAGGCCACCGCACUCUACCGAGGGCCAUAAAGUGAGACUCUGCCUCUACAAAAAAAAAAAAAAAGAUAUGCUGUAGUAUUUUAACAGAGCUACCUUUUCAUUUCAUCUUUGUGCUUUAGCUAACACGCAGACUUAAGAGACUCAUUUUUAUGCUCAAAUGAAUUGACUUAGACAUAAGCUGCCAGGUGAAUGUUUAUAUUUUCAUGGAGAUAUGGAAUUCCACAUUGUAUUCAGUAAAUUUCUUUUGGUUCUUCACAGAGCAAAGAAAGGGUGUUGCUAACCUAACAUUUAGAGAAGGAUACUGGAAAAUUCUAAUUAGGUGCCCUUUACUUUUUAUAUUUAUGAUGGACAACCACAAAGCUAUUGAUUUUUCUACCAGUUAAUUGCUUUAAUUAAUUUCCAAGAUCUUCAGUGCCUACUUUAUACUAAUGUCACUGAAAUUCUGAAGACCAAGACAGUCUCUUCCCCUGUUGAUUUUAUUUUUUAUGGCUGAAAUUUUUCUGUUCAUGAAUGGGAAAUAACCAUGAGAUAUAUAGACUGUAGUGCAAAUGAUGGAACUGUUAAAAGUUUCUUAGAAAGCCCAUGCUAUGCCAUUAGAGACUGUAUACAGUGAGUUUCUUCUUCACUAGCACUGUAUGAUGUCAGCCUAGAAAUGAGCCAAAGCUGUCUUCCAACUAGAUAGUAGCAUAUAUAUGUGUCUCAUUUUCCCCUAGCCUAUUGAAAAUUUAGUGAAAAUUCCCAAAAUGAACAAAUUCAGUAUUCAAGCAGCCUUGAAUUGUUGUCAGAGUGCUUGAUUUGUAAAUAUUGUGGAUGAAAAGUAUUAGAAUAGUAUGAAAAUCAGCAGGGGGUACAAGUCCCUGCCUUAUUUUCAUAUGCUGUGGCUACAUCUCUGGGAGCUUGCAGCACCCUUCUCAAAACUCAGCUGUCAUAUGGAGCCCAUUUGCUACUCAAACCAUAGACAGAUACUUAACGUAUGUGAUAUAAUGACCUUCAGUAUUUUUCUAUUGAACAAGUUUAGCAAUUUUUGCCAUUAAACAGAUACUUAGUUAUGCAAAGUAUUUAGCUUUUAUAAUCAUUUUAGUUAUGACUAGAAGGGGAGAAAUUGAGCUGUAUCACUGAUAAUGAACUUUGUGAGAAACUUUGUUUAUCUGAUUUUCAUUCCUUCAGUAUUGCUAUAAAUUUCUUUUGGAGAUAAUGAUGAAGAUUUAUUUGAAAAUGUCUAAAAUCUAUGUAUAUUUUAUAAAUAUAUAUUAUAUAUAUUGUAAAAAUAUAUAUAAUAUAUAUAGACUAUAUAUAUAUAUAUAUAUAAAAAAUACCAUAGGUGCAUUUUACUGUUUUGUAUUUUCAUUUUUGGAGGUAGCAUAUACAGCAAAUGAUGAGUAUGGCGAGUGUUGUGCUGUUUGCUUUUGCAGUAUAAUAUAUAGUUCUAAAUGUUUAAAUUACUGUACAUACUAUAUUCAUUAUAGGCUAGCAUGCUUGUUUCAAAGACUGUCAUUAGUUUAUUAAAAUCUGAAUGUAAGAAAACCUGGCUAUUCAAAUGUGAAUUGAAAAAUACUCCAUUCUCAGUACUGAACUAUUUCCAAUGAACAUUCAGGCUUUUUAAGAGAAUAAAUAUCACUGAGAAGGCAAUAGCUAGAAAAUGAGAGGUGCCUUUAAAAAAUAUAAUGCAGCCUUACAGUGAGGAUGAGAUUGAGUUGGGGUGGAAGGGGGACAGUGAGAGAGAGAGAGUGUGUGUACCCGCAUGCGCCUGCCCAUGCGUGUGUAUGUGUAUUUACCAAUCUGUGAAGGUCCUGAUUUGUGACCAUCAAUGUCUUUCUAAUGUAUCUGCUCAACUUCUAGGACUUCAGGGGACAUUUCAUGCACUGUCUUUAUGCUCUUCUGAGUAUCACACAUGAUUUCCAAGAAUGUUGAAUGUGAAUUCCUAGAAAUUUCAGUAGAGACAAAAUAGCUAUUCUUUUAUUAUGGUCAAGUUCAGGUAAAAGAAAAAAUUAUUUGUUCACCAAAAUUAUGGGAUCUCCUUAACAUUGGCUAAGUAAAUAUAAUUUUUUAAAGGCUCACUUUUUUAGUACUUCAUAUGUUUUCCCCUUACAUAAGAGCAUAUUAUGAUAUUCUUAUGUGACAAGAUUCAUCUAGUAAAAAUUAUUUUUAGAUUACACAUCUGAACUUAAAAUUCCACCUAAGAAUAGUCAUAAAGUAUUUAAAUGGCAUCUCUCAUAUCUACCUCUUUGUCACUGCUGCCAUAUUAACUAAAGCAAAUCUUUAUGACAUCUGAAAUGAUGGUUAGAUGCAAUUUAAAAAUUCGUGUUGGUGCUUUUCUCAGGCCUUGUCAUUUAAGUUAUAUUAAGAUGUCACAAAUCAGAUUGAAAAGCUUAGAAUUAAUUUUGAUUUUAUUCUGAAAAAACUGCUUAAAAUCAUCAAUGUUGUUAGUGAGUGGAGAUAGUUAAUUUCUGGUAAGUGUGUAUCUCUGUGAUGUUUUUAACCAAGAGCCAAAUUAUUAUUGAAUUUACAUGGAAAAAAGUUCUAAGUAUAAUUUUAUUCAGCUUACUUUAUUCUUUGAAAGCUAUUUCAAGACUAUUAAAUACAUCAUCAUUCAUUGUAUUUACUCAGAAGUUGCCUCCAUUAUUAUGUUACUUGUUUAGUUAUUUAUAUAAUUACAGAAGUAAGUGUUUGACACUGGGAUUCAGGUUGUACAAGAGUCGUAGAUGACAAAAAUAUUUUUGUGUAAUGUAUCAAUUCCUGAAGUUCAUUUUAUGGGGAGGUGCAGAAGAGUAACAUAUCUGUAUUGAAAACAAAGAUCCGGUCAUUGGUAAGGGAUUUGAAUUCUUUUUACUUUUGCCACUUAAAAGCUUUUUAUUUGGCCAUAUCCAUCAUCCAGCUGGAUCUUUAUGUCACUGUAAAUCUCUUAUACUGACAGAGGUAAGUUGACAAGAGUAUUUAACAGAUCCUUUAUAUAAGUUUCUGUUUAGUUUUUUAAAUCUAGAAGGAGCAAAUGUUAGGCCAGAGAUCCCUAGAUCCCAGUCAUUUAUUCUAGCAUUAUUCCUGAAGUGGUGCUUAGGGGUCAAAAUUUUCUGGAUCUUUGCUAGUCAAGCUUUAGAUUUGAUUUAACUGGGACCACAAUUUAACAUGCUUGUCAUCCCUCUGAUGCAAAUUUUGGAACUUCAUUUUAAUUUAGAUUAACUCCAGUGUCUGCCUGGGUUUUUAACAGGCUGUGAACCAGUGAGUGCCUUGUUGAUGUAGAAUGAUUUUUUUCCCUGGUUGUGUGUUAGCUCCUCUCUGAAAAUGUCUCAGAGAAUGUAUUUUAAUUUAGUAGAGAGCUGCUAAAUUUGGUAUUAUCAGUAAUCAGAAAGUCUUAGUUCUACCAUAUUAUCACUGUCCCUGCAGUUCUCCUCAUUGUUUGGCUGAGGUUUGCCUCUUGUGAGAAAACAAAUACCUUUCUCCACACACUUUUUGUGAUCCAAAUUAAGAAGUACCCCUAAUUCCCACCCCACUCAACUGUAUGAUCUAAUUCCGGUUUUUAGGAGAAACCACUUAUUUGUAAUAUUUAAAUGUACUGGUUAUUUUAUGGCUUCUCAACUUCAGUUUCCUAGAGCUGACCUUAGGGUAUCAUCAGUGUUCAGAUUCCUAAAUCACCCUUUGUCUUCACACUCAACUCCCCAACUGGUAAGCCCUAGGCCAGAUUUGUUUGAUCUUCAGGUAUUUCAAAUUUUAGUUAUAAUAUCAAUUAAUGUAAAUUAAUCCAGAUGCUAAUUUUUGUGGUGCAAGAAAUUUCUUUUGUAAAUUCAGGGUAUGGAUAAGCUAAUUAAGAUACCCAUUUUCGGUGGCUCUAAGUGUAUUAUUUGUUUUUAAAUAAAGUGUAUAAAUACAAAUGAUGUGC